GACAGUCCUCGGGGGAAGCAGAGCUCUGAGGACGAGAAGAGAGAGGAUGGAGGGUAGAAAAUGGCAUUAGUUUAUAGGGCAGUAGGUGGGAAGUGAAAGUGAGGGAAAGAACGGCAAAUAGAACAAUAAACAGGGAGCUGAAGGAACGUGAGAGCAGACAGAAGGGACACUGUACAAGGAAGAGUUACAGGAGAGAAAAGAACAGAAGCAACAAUUGACCGGUCGCCAUGACGACAGAAGCAGGCUCUGAGACAGAGGUGAAGGAGAACGCGGAGGAGUCAGCUGCUCAGCCGGACCAAUCAGAGAAGACUAAGCAGGAAUUCGAGGAAGUAGCAAACGCUGAAGGAGAGGAGAAGGAAAAGGAGAAGGAAAAAGACGGCAAAGGAAUAUCUCGGUAUCUGCCAACAUGGUUUAAGAAACAGAAGUCUCAAAGCCAGACCUCCCCGACUAAAGAAGACCAGUCCACAGAGGAACCUGCUAGCAAGACGGCAGAAGAAGAGGAGAGCCCUGUCCCAGAAGUGAAUGGUCACGCUGAGGAAGUGGAAGAGAAAGAGCAAGUAAAGUUGGAUCAAGCGAAGGAAACAGAAGCAGAAUCUCAUUCCAACGCCAGUGCAGACACUGAGCCGGCCAAGGAGGAGAAGGUGGACGAGAACGUGGAGAAAAGCUCAGACGAGACCAAGGAGACAAAAGAGGUAGAAGGAGUUGAAGAGGAGAAGAAGGAGAAAGGACAGGUGGAGGCUGAAAGGGAGGGAGGAGACAACCAGACAUCUAUUUUCCAGUCUCCUCUUCGCCUGGUGAGAAAGACCAAGAUGAAGGUGGUAGUGUGCCACAUCACCCUCCUGGAUGGGACCGACUUCACCUGUGAAGUCGAGAAACGUGCGAAGGGUCAGUACUUAUUCUUUAAAGUGUGUGAGCAUCUUAAUCUGCUGGAGAAAGACUACUUUGGUCUGACAUACAAGGACAACCAUGAAGAGAAGUGUUGGUUGGAUCCCACAAAAGAAAUCAAGAGACAGAUACGCAGUAACAACUGGCAGUUUGCAUUCAACGUCAAGUUCUACCCUCCUGAUCCAUCUCUACUCACUGAAGACAUUACAAGAUACCUUUUGUGUCUGCAGCUGCGUGAGGAUGUGGCUUCUGGGCGGCUGCCUUGUUCAUUCGUCACUCACGCUCUGCUGGGGUCAUACACACUGCAGGCUGAAUUUGGUGACUAUGAACCUGACCAGCCUCGUCCUUUGGACUUCAUCAAUCAGCUGACUUUUGCACCCAAUCAGAACAAAGAGAUGGAGGAGAAGAUUCUUGAACUCCACAAAUCCCACAGGGGUAUGACACCAGCCCAGGCUGACCUCCAGUUUCUAGAAAAUGCCAAGAAGCUGUCGAUGUAUGGGGUGGACCUGCACCACGCUAAGGAUUCAGAGAGUGUGGACAUCAUGCUUGGUGUGUGUGCCAACGGGCUUUUGGUCUACAAAGACAGACUUCGGAUAAAUCGUUUUGCUUGGCCUAAAAUACUCAAGAUAUCUUACAAGAGGAACAACUUCUAUAUUAAGAUCAGACCAGGAGAGACGGAGCAGUUUGAGAGUACGGUUGGAUUCAAACUCCAGAAUCAUCGCUCUGCCAAAAAGCUGUGGAAAGUUUGUGUAGAGAAUCACAGCUUUUUCAGGUUAAACACACCAGAGCCUCCUACCAAGGCUCGUUUCUUGACUUUGGGAUCAAAGUUCCGCUACAGCGGGCGGACCCAAACCCAGACUCGCUUGGCCAGUUCCCUCAUAGACCGACCUGCGCCCAACUUUGAACGUACCUCAUCAAAACGCAUCAGCCGUAGCCUGGAUGGAGCACCAGCCAUCAGUAUAACUGAAGCCGGGAGAGACAUGGCUGAGAACGGACAUGAGCCUCAUCUCGAGCUUCACUCUGACUCCAAGGUUAAGGAGAUGGACUUGAGCCUUGGUGAUGUGGAAGCCAUGCCCCCCCAGUCACCUGGAUGCAGUGAGCCUGGCCACUCACAGGACCAUGAUAAGACCCAAGACGAGGUUCUGAAACACCAAGCUAGCAUUAGCCAGCUGAAACGCUCCUUUAUGGAGGCGCCACCUCCCUCUCCUCCUCAGCUCAACCAGUGGGAGAAUCGUCUCACCUCCUCUCCUGCAUCCGUGCGCGUUCAGCUGCAACACGUGGUCGAUGUCCCACAAACAGAAGCAGCGUCACCUGAUAACACGGUUUCUGAAACCAAAGAACCUGCUAAGACGACCAAAGUUGAAAUCGAAGAAACUGUUGUCAUCCAGGAGGUUUCCAAAGCAACCAAACCUGGACUUGUCACCAUUGCGACCAGCUGUGCUGAUGAUGCUUCACCUGCAGAGGAACAGGAAACACAAGAGGAAAGAGUCAGAGCUGAAGAGGAAGUAGUGGCAGCGGAGGAAGCGUCAGAGAGGAUGACAGAAAGCGUUUCGUCUGAGAGCGAGAGCGAGGAUGAGGCAGAGUACCACGCAGACAUUUCAGUUUCCAUCUCUCAAACACAAAUACCAGAGGAGAUGGAAGAGGAAGUGGAGCUAGAGGAGGAAGAUGAGGAUAAGGGAGUGGAGGAGCAGGUUUCAGCUCUGGAUGCUCCUUCCCUUCCAGCUGAGGUCAGCCACCCUACAGAAGAAACCAUCGCAGAAGAAGAACAGUUCAUAAUGGAGGAGACAGAUGUAGAAGAGGAGAAAGGGAGCGAGCAAGAGGUGGAAGAAAGUACAGAAGAUCCCAUGGUGACUCCUGACGAAGCUCCUGACAGUCUCCCCCCACCUGAGGAGAACAGGGUGGUGACUCCCAAAGAAGAGGAGGAACCUAAAGUGAACGGUGAAGCCUUGCUGGUUGAAGUGGAGCCACGGCCGCAAGUUAUUUGUUGCUCUGAGCCGCCUGUGGUAAAAACAGAAAUGGUGACUAUAUCAGACACGUUCGCAGCCCAGAAAACUGAGAUAGCUACAAAGGAAGUUCCCAUCGUACAUACGGAAACCAAGACCAUCACAUACGAGGCUGCUCAGCUGGACAGUAACGGAGACGGUGAGCCUGGAGUGCUGAUGACUGCUCAGACAAUCACCUCAGAGUCUUUGUGCACGACCACAACCACACACAUCACCAAGACAUUGAAGGGCGGGCUGUCAGAGACAAGGAUUGAAAAACGCAUCGUCAUCACCGGAGACUGUGACAUCGACCACGAUCAGGCUCUGGCACAGGCCAUUAAGGAGGCCAAAGAGCAACAUCCUGACAUGUCUGUUACCAGAGUGGUUGUUCAUAAAGAAACUGAACUGGAUGAGGAGGAGGAUUGACUGAACUCAGAACUGAAAGGCCCACGGUGACUGUUUCCUCUUUUGACAACCAACGAUCUUCGCCACGCUGCAACGACCGACCCCGACGGUGAGGAAGACGAGAAGGAGUUUUAGCCAGCGGGGGAUGAAGAUGUCGCUCUCCUCCCAGAUGGUCUUCCUCACAUGUCUUUGGUGCACUUCAAUCCCUCAAUGCAACACCGAGAACAUUUUCACUCGAUCCGAGGGAACAAAAAAGAACCGUUUUGUUAGCUCGACAUCUGUAGCUUGUUUUUGUUUUUUAUUAGAGCGUUUUAUUUACCUGAAAACUGUAGUGUCAUGCAUAACUAAAACUAAAGAUGCUCCAAAAACUGACUGAUAAGAUUUAAGCAAGCUUGUUGUACCCCAGCAUUACAUAAUUAAUCUUUUUUUAAUUAAAACUCAAAAAGUCUAAAGCAUUUUUUAAUCAAAACAGGAAAUAUCGUGAAUGGGUAAUAAUCCCGAUGGUUUUUGGUGCAUUUAUUUAAAAAAAAAAAAAAGAUAAAAGCAGCUCCCUGAUCAAAUAUAUAACUCAAUAAUUGUUUUUUUAUUAUAAAAUGAAUUAACAAGUUAGGCAGCAAGGAACGUGUAAGCACAACUAUGUUUUAAACACUUUAUAGAAGUAAGUUAUGCCACAUUCUCACAGCUUGAAUAAAAGAAGGAGCUGUAGCUUAAAUAUUGCAGAAAAUCAUCCUGAGCUUUGAUUUUUAUGUUGUUUUUCUACAAGAAUAGUUCAUCCACAUUCCUCAGCAGCAACAAGUUCAUCUUCAGCAACAGGAGGAGAUAAUAUAACUUGAAAAAAAGGGGUGGGGGGAUAAUAACAGCAGCAACAUUAAUCAGGCUGAAGAAGCCAAACGUAACAUUUAAUAAUCAUUGAACUGAAAACGAACAGACUUCAAAGCUACCGUUAAACGUUUUAAACAAAAGUUGUGAAAUAACAGCUGCUGCUUAUGAACUGGACACUAAUCGUUCCUUCUGGGCCCCACGGGAACAAGGGAGAACAAACCUGACCUUUGAUUGGGAGAGAGGGCCUGGAAACUGGAGGAUAACUGGGAGAAAUAACAACUUGGCGAUUUAAAAGAAAACUGAAUAUUAAUGCAAGUUGGCCUUAAUCUGUGGGGGAAACUAGCUUCAGCGCGUUACGUUAUGUUCUGCACAGAGUCGUUUUGUUUUCUUGGGACGAUGUGUUAUAUAAAAUUUAAUCCUGCGUUUGGAUUUAAAUUGUUCACGUAGCAAAGGUACCAAAACGACCAAGACUUGAAACCAGUUCUGUCCCAGGUGCAGCUCCGCUCACUGCAGCCCGUGUGCUGCUGCUGCACCGUUCACACACAGCUUCUCACGUCUUUACUGUAACAAACGCAGCCUGUUGGAGACGAUCAGAUUCUGCACGUUUCACCGUUUCCACCUCGUCAGUUCAGACGGGACGCGGACACGCCGAUUCAGCAGGUCGUCUGUAUCGGACCAGUUCUUCUGGACGACGUAACCUUUUCUCUGCAACCAAAAUGACAACAGAGUUUCUUUCAUUGCACCUCGCACACACAAAUCACAAACAAAACACAGAAUCUGUCACUAAACCAAACAGUCACAACAGAAUAGUAAAAAUAAUCUUUAAGGGAAACACUUCAGAGGGUUUGAAGCCCCUCUGAACCCCCUGAAUGAAACCUUGUAAUGGUUACUUCUUAUUUUGUUCUUUUUACUCAUAAAUCAACAAAAACAUGACUUUGUGUGGCAAAGAAUGUGUUCAAACAUGACCUAACGCCUUUAUAGCUGAUAGAUAUUCAGCGUGAGCAGCUUAAAGACACAGACGUGGGCAACUUAAGGCCCGAGGGCCAAAAGUGGCCCUUGGACAAUCUCCAUCAGGCCCCCAAUAUCCUUAGUUUAA